AUGGAGGGAUAUGUUUCAGUUAAAUAUGAGAACCCAGGACCUCGACCUAAUGAAAUAAAAAUAUUUCAUCUUGAUGAGGAAGGGAAAUCUUAUGAACCGCUAGAAUUAGUAGAACCUAACAAGCCGAAAGAAUUUAAAAUUUAUAAACAAGAGGGUCAAUAUUUUAAGAUUGGUGAUAGUGAAACAGAUCUGGAAGAAAUUAAGAAUAAUCAAGGAACAAUAGACAGUCUUUCUAUAUGCGGAUGUAAAAUAUGGUUACAAAAAAUUCUUAUUCAAAUUUCGUGUAAAAAAUGCGAUUUAUUGAGCGCUAAAAAUAAUUCCCAAUCAUAA